AUGCAACACCUCCUCGCAGGCUGUUCCUUCUCCCACCAAGUUUGGCAUGAGGUGCUCCCUUGGUGCCACUCCACCGCCGCGCUCCCGGGCCAAAAUGACGAGUUCAUUGCCUGGCUCACCUCAGCCAUCGCCGCCACACCGCGUUGUCUUCGGCGUAGGCUCACCUCCAUCACCAUCCUCACGGAUUGGUGGCUUUGCAAGCACCGCAAUGGUUGCAUCUUCCACGGCGGCAACCCUUCUGCCAGCCGAGCUGUCAACGACAUCCUGGAGGAGAGCCACGGGCGCCAAACUCGAUCCAGCCGAGCGCCCAAAAAUCCGGUGGAAAGGAGGGGAGGAGAGCUCCAGAACCCUAGCCAUGGCCGGGGGGGGGCAGGAGGGGGGCCGCCCCGCGACUGGCUCUCCGUAGACGAGACGGCGGCGGCCUUCCUCUCCCGCUCCCUCUCCACGCGGCCCCCCAUCCUCCUCCCGCCGCCGCUCCACCGCGCGCCGCUCCGCCCGGGAAACAUUGUUGAGAUCGCCGGCCCGUCUGGCUCCGGCAAGUCCCAGCUGCUCCUCAUGUCUGCAGUGCAGUGCAUACUACCAAAGGAGUGGGAAGGUGUCUAUUUCGGCGGCCUGGGGAAAGCAGUCAUGUACAUUGACUUGGACUGCCGAUUUGAUGUGCUGCGGCUGGCUCAGAUCCUCAGGAAGCGCAUUGCGGCGGGUUGUGGUUCAGUGCAUCAUGAAGAAUUUGAAACUGAUGGUUCAAAAGAUAAAUUCCGUUUGUUUGAAAGUACACUGUUUUCUGAUUGCAUGAAGCGUUUCCUGUAUGUCCGUUGUUACAAUAGUUCCGAACUUAUAGCUGCUUUGAAGAGUCUAAAAUCUCAAUCUGAAGCCAGGAACGAAAUUUUUGAUAUUGGUGUAUAUUUCCUUAUGUUAGACAGCAUUGGCGCAUUCUACUGGAUAGAUCGUGCUCUUCAACCUACUAGAGAGAGUAAAGGGAAAACUCUAUCAUUUCAGAGUAUCACCGAAACUGUUGUCCAGGAGAUACACAAGUUUUUGCAACUUCAACCUAUUUUGGUGUUGGUCACAAAGGCACCUAUUUAUGGUGAAGGAAUCACGACAUCAAACGACUUCCAAAGGGGUUCUCCAAAGUACAUGUCAGAGGAUUCAACACCUUUGGGAUAUCCGAAACGGGAAGAAGAAAGAAAUGGUUCAUGUCGCGAAUACAUGCCAUCUGCAUGGCAGACAUUUGUUACACACAGGAUAAAGUUGCAAGAUUUAGCACAAGAACCAGGGUUUUUCUCUGAGCAGGAAAAUGCAAUCCUUUCUGUGCAUACUUGUGAGUGGGUGCAGCCUUCCCUAAACUCAAAAGAGAAGUUCUAUAUCAAGGAUGACGGUGUUGGCCUUAUACAGUGAAGCCUAUCAGUUUCUGUGCUGGCAGAUAGCAUGACUUGUCCGACCUCCUGACAGAACUGUUGUGAUCUGUGAUAAACGUAUGUAUGGGAAAUGCUUAAGUAAUAUCUCUAUCUUGGUCCUCGGGUAUUAUAUGGCACAGAACC